CAGCGGCAGCAAUUCGCAAGCGCAUCGCGCAGCACGCCAAGUGGAUCCCAUGCUGGAAAGACUCUCGUGGUGUACAGACUUGAGGAGAUCUUUACUUCGUUAAUGCAUUACUCCUUCAGUUACCUUAUUACGCCCCAACAAUUAGCUAAGCUUAGAGGCGUCUUCGGUUUCUUGAGUAGCUACCUGUCAGUGUCACAUGUUCCAACUUUGCCCGUUCGUUUUGCGCUGCUGGAGGAAUAAAAGUGUGUAACGUUAACCAGCCCAACGUGGAAAAAAGUUGCAUCCUGACUCCACUUCAGCAGUUGUGUACAACGUCUAUGGGGGUGAAAAGAAUUUUCUAGGUAAUUCCCAACAACAUCGAUUCAUUGUAAUUGCACUACUGAUGAAGAUACACUUUUAACGAUUGUCAAGACACAACAGCAGGCAACGUAUAACAACAAAUAUGCCCAUGCGUGGACCAGUUCAAGGUUCAACAUUACUGAGGAAUUUGCCAUACAAAAGCUUGUCCAAGUUAGCACGUCUUUUAGACCCUCCAAAUAGCACAUUUGUUGAUUGGAGAGGAUUGGCUAGUAGAAUUCCUCGCAAACCUGGAGACGACCAGCUCAGAUAUGGACCACAAGAGAUAGCGGUGUUUGAUUUGGAAUAUCGACGGCCUGGUGGUAGUCCUACCAUUGCUCUUAUUAAUGACUGGGGGACCGUCAAUGCCACCGUUCAAGAUUUAGUCAGUCAUCUGAUUGAUAUGGGUCAUUUAGCAGCUGCUGAGGUCAUUCUGCCUGGUGUCACGACGGACCCAAAUCUGAAUAUUACAAGCACCGUGUCUUCAACAACAAUCAACCAAGAUGAAUAUCGGAGUGGUUCAGCAGUUGAGUCGAAUUAUGCUAGUAACAAUCCAAACCCUCACAUGGAGCAAAUCAGUAGCAGGCUAGAUUCCAUUCAAAAAGCCAAGAACCUAGCCCAGCAAACCUCUCACGAGUCUAGAAGAUUGGGAGACUCGGGUUUAGUUUCAUCAUCCACUGAAAGUUGCAGUGUAGAGAGCCAGGGAGAAAUUCAUAGUAGGAGCACAGAAGGCCAAAGAAGCAAUGAUUCCCCUGUGUCGACAUCAGUUCCAGUAGAGUCCAGUGAUUUGCCAGAUUUUGAGCCAGAUAAAGUGAAAGAGUACAGUUACAAUCGUCUGAGCUUCAUGACAGAUUCCUUUAAUAACACACCAUCAAGUCAAGGAGGUAACAUGAUUGGGGAAGGCGGUUUUGGAACUGUCUACCUCGGUAGAUUUAGCGAUGGCCAUGAGUGUGCUAUCAAGAAGCUGAAGCAGAGUGUUUUCCAGUGUUCCGAUGUCGAGUUGCUGAAACAGUACCAGAAUGAAUUACAGAUGCUGAAGAGACUAAAGCAUCCCAACCUGGUGGAGCUAUACGGCUACAGUUUUGAUGGCCCAGCACCUUGCCUCAUCUUCCAGUUUCUCCGCAACGGCUCCCUGCUUGGUGCACUCGGCAAAGACAGCUCUCUACACUUACCUUGGGAAUCCAGGGUUCAUAUAGCGCAAGGCACAGCUGAAGGUUUGGCCUAUCUACACAGUGAGGGAGUCGUCCACAGAGAUGUCAAGAGUGCCAAUGUACUCCUUGAUUCAGACCUCAACCCUAAGGUGGCCGAUUUUGGCCUUGUACGCGCCAUACCAGAAGGUGACAAGAAGACUCAUAUCACCAGUAUGAUCAUUGGGACUAGCAUUUACAUGCCGCCAGAGGCACGCAUCGGAGAAGUCUCUCCCAAAGGGGACAGCUUCAGCUUUGGUGUGGUUCUUUUGGAGCUAAUAACUGGACUAGAACCUUUAGACGAAAACAGAGAAGGUACAGACAUCAUCACUUACAUGGAAGUCAUCAUAGAUAAGUGUGGAGACAUACUGAGCAUUGUGGACCACAGGUUAAAUAACUCCUACAACAAAGCAUCGGCAAAGAAGAUGUACGAUAUUGCAUCUGACUGUCUGGAAAAGAAACUGAGACGGCCAUUACUGGCAGAUGUUUUGCCAAGAUUGAUGGGGCUUUGAAAGAAAAUUUAGAAGGAUCAACGCUUAACUCCAUCUUCCAUGAGAAGCACACUCAGCAGGUGCUAUUGAAUGAGUGAUUUGUUAAAGAAACACCUGUUAAAUGCAACAAAAUCUAACAGUUAUAAAUGUAUUUUAUACAUUUUUCUUGAUUUUGGUGUGAAAUUUUUAAUAGAUUUUUAUGUAAGUUUCUUUUAUAAAUAAAGUUUAAUGCCAGCAUAUAGCACCACAAGAACUUCAAAGGGAAACUUGCUUAGCAAAGUAGAAGAUAAUCCUCUGUCAAAAGCAGAUAUAUGAGUGAUAUGUCUGGAUUGUCAUCGAUAGAAUACCAAAGUGCUACAUCAUUUUGAACCAGAAACUGGAAGGGAGUAUGUGCACGUUUUGGUUCACACGCUGGUUCUUGUGCUAAUGUCUUCUACACACAGUUGUGAGCAUGACAUCGUCACUCUAUGAGCCCCAAGCAUAACCAAGAGUAGGCGCAAUUUUUCUUGCAAUGGAGGCUCCUUUGGCAGGAACUGCGCUUCGCUGGUUCAGAAACACUCAUGAAAUGCAUGCAUUGCGGUUACAUUGCCAACCAACAUGGCUCUUUUUCAACUGAUUAGGGGGUGCUUCUGUGCAAGGUGGAUAAGAUAGAUACAAAACUGAGGAAUUGCUGUUUGAGUAGUAGUACUGGACUCAAAUCAGUCCAGUAUUCUCAAGUCCUUGUUGAAGUAUUGGACUCAAAUCAGUCCAGUAUUCUCAAGUCCUUGUUGAAGUAUUGGACUCAAAUCAGUCCAGCAUUCUCAAGUCCUUGUUGAAGUAUUGGACUCAAAUCAGUCCAGUAUUCUCAAGUCCUUGUUGAAGUAUUGGACUCAAAUCAGUCCAGCAUUCUCAAGUCCUUGUUGAAGUAUUGGACUCAAAUCAGUCCAGUAUUCUCAAGUUCUUGUUGAAGUAUUGGACUCAAAUCAGUCCAGUAUUCUCAAGUCAUUGUUGAAUGGCCUGUGUCAUCAAGGUUUUGGAGUUUCUUCUAAAUAUCAAGGAUGUCAGUUUUGGUAGGGGUCCAAGAAUUUUUGUAUUGCACAGUCAAAUGAAAAUCUGUGUUGCUCAAAUUUCCUGGAUUUAAUAAUUGAAACAGUUUUGCAAUUUUUCUUUAGUUUCCAUACCAAGAAGAUAUUCAAAAGAUAUUGCCUAGCUGUAGUUGAUAGAUGAAAUGUAGGAUAUUACAAAUGCAAAUAAUAGUAAAGAAUAUAUCCAUGGCAGCAGUUUCUGGAAUAAAAACAUUGGUUUAGUUGGAAGGGUAGAAUAUUGGGAUUAUUAAUUUGAAAAGCAUUUUAAAUUGCCUGCCUAUUGCCUAAAUUGCCACUUUGAAGAUGUAUCCAUGUGUGGUUCUGACUGUGAUGUUUCAUACAUCUCCAUGGGAUAGCCAAAAGCAAGGUUACACUAUGUUUUUCCUACACAUAAUAAUGUUGAUUAGCAAGUCAUUACAUACCAAUACAUUCAAAAAUACCUAACUUGCCGAUACAGCCUCUCUCUGAUCCUAACCAUGCAAUUGGGUCAUUGACUUCUCUAAACUGACCAAUUUCAAGUAGGUGUGCAACUUGUUCCUUGAAGAAACCAGGACAUGCUUAGGUUGCUGUCACUGCUCACAGUAAUCUCAUUUGUCCUUAUCUGAAGUGUUCCUGGUGAGCCGUUUCAUGUCGUUUCAAAAAGCUACCGGUAUCACUUGUACUAAGCAUUAUAAUCAUGCCUUUACCUAACGUAAUUCAAACCUGUGCAUAAAACAACUUGUCAAAGAAGUGAACUUGUUGAUCCUGCAGAGAACCUUUUGUUGCUUGUAAUUUGCAUAAGUGUAUGUUAAAUAGAAUUUAACUGCAAGGAUUUACAAAAAUGUUGCCAUUAUGAAAAAGAGAUUCUAAAUCAAUAUGUAUGUACAGUAUAUGUACACUGAAAAGUAGCCAGUUUUUGUAUAAUUAUCAUUGAAGUGCUUGAAAAGCAGCAACUUUGUGGGGGGGGGGGCUGAUGUCAAUCUUACUACUGUACUGAAAAUGUUUUCUGGAAAACAAAGUAAUAAAAGUGAUAAAUGACAAUUCUCACACAA